AUGCCGUCAAGCUCAAACCUGGUGCUAGCCACCGUGUGCAAUCCACUAAUAUGCUUAUUGCAAUUCUCCUGGGCAUUUAGAAUUCUUGUUCUAUUAUCUAAACUUGAGCACCUUCCCCGUGGUCGCCACUGCACCACUGCAAUAUUGGUACUCAUCAUGAGCAACCUUCACUUAGACACUUCUACUUCCAAAAUAAUCAUAGCCCUGCGAAUCUCUUCCCUUUUCUUUCUCUUCUCUUCACUCAAUACCAUCCAUGGCUAUCCAAUCAAAGCUCACAUAUUCAUCUAUGCGGGCUGCUCACAAGAAAAGUACCAACCGAACUCACCCUUUGAAGCUAAUCUCAACUCUUUCCUAACCUCAGUUGUUAGUUCAUCUUCGCAAGCCUCUUACAACGCCUUUUCUAUCGGAAACGGAACCUCAACGUCACCAGAAGGUCCUAUUUAUGGCUUGUAUCAGUGCAGAGGCGACUUAAAGAUUUUUGAUUGUUCGAAAUGCAUCGAAAGCGCAGUGAACCAAAUCACUCUGAUCUGUCCUUACUCUUAUGGCGCAUCUUUGCAGUUACAAGGUUGUUAUGUCAGAUUCGAGCAUGUUGAGUUUCUGGGAAAGCUUGAUACAAGUUUAAGGUACAAGAAAUGUAGUAAGAGUGUGAAUGAAGAUGUUGAGUUCUUUCGGAGAAGAGAUGACGUCCUAGCUGACUUGCAAGGGACUAGUGGAUUUAGGGUUAGCAGUUCAGGCUUGGUCGAGGGUUUUGCGCAGUGUUUGGGGGAUUUGAGCCAAAACGACUGCUCUUCUUGCGUCGCAGAUGCUGUGGGAAAGCUGAAGAGUUUGUGUGGAUCAGCAGCUGCUGUAGAUGUGUUCUUGGCUCAGUGUUAUGCUAUGUACUGGGCUUCUGGCUACUAUGAUAUCUCAGUUGAUUCCUCUAACGAAGACCAAGUGGGAAAGACAGUGGCCAUUAUCGUGGGGGUAAUAGCAGGUCUAGCUAUUCUCAUUGUUCUUCUCUCAGUUUGCCGGAAAACCAUGGGUUGAUCUCUGGUUUCUUUCAAGAAAUGAGGAGAAUAUAUCAUGGUGAAAUUA